AUGUCUAUAAAUCAUGGGCGACCGGAGCACUAUGGUCCGCCUGAGCUGUAUUAUAAUGAAUCUGAAGCAUGUAAAUAUGCGUCGAGUUCACACACGGUAGCAAUCCAGACAGAAUUGGCUGAGCGAGCGCUUGAAUUACUGGCUCUCCCUGACGAUAAGCCAGCUUUUCUUUUAGAUAUUGGUUGUGGAACUGGUAUCAGCGGCGGUGUGUUGGCGAAUGCUGGUUACCAUUGGGUGGGACUGGACAUCAGCGGGCCCAUGCUGGGUAUAAUACAAGUUCACUUUGCUAUUAUCCGUCAAAUAGCUAGUCGCGAUGACGAAGAUAGGGAUAAUAUGGGUGAUUUUAUAUUGUCAGAUAUGGGUACUGGAGUGCCAUUUAUGCCUGGGACUUUUGAUGGAGCGAUUAGUAUAUCGGCCAUUCAGUGGCUAUGUCAUGCGAACUCAACUGAACAGAAUCCGAAAAGACGUCUACAUCGAUUUUUCCAAACGCUGUACGGUUGUCUAGGUCGGGGAACUCGAGCUGUGUUCCAGUUUUAUCCAGAAAAUCAACACCAAUCUGCUCUUAUAAUGUCACUUGCAACAAAAGCUGGGUUUAAUGGAGGUCUUGUUAUUGAUUAUCCGAAUAGUACCAAGGCAAGGAAGGUUUAUCUCGUUCUAAUGACUGGUGGUGUCGUUCAGCUGCCACGAGCACUAACUGGUGAAGAAGAAGAGAUUGAAAUGCGGCACAGUGUAGAAAAUACAGAGAGAGUGUUUGCGGCGUCAAGAAAGAAAGAGAAGAAACCAGUGAAGGGCUCGAGAGAAUGGAUUCAGAAGAAAAGAGAAAGAAUGAUAAAACAAGGACGGUUCGUUUUUUUUCCUUCCUUUCUCUGA